GCGGGAGGAAGUCACCUGCUCCUGCCUGGGCAAGGCAAAGGCGACCGCAGAAGCUCGAGUUCUGGAGGCAUGCAAGAUUUUUGUCGGGAGUUUGCCCACUUAGAGUCCAGCGCUGCAGAGACUCCUACACCUGCUGUCGUCCAGCCUGAACGCGAUAUCGAAAUCUUCCGCAAUGCGACACUCAGUCCUGGGAUUCAAGACUCAGCCGCGACCAACCCUGCCUUGUACUCUUGUGGUUACCGCUACAUCAGAAGAGGAAGCGACUUUACUUGCAAUGAUAUCUCAAACAGAAACGAAAUACCUCAAGGCACUGAACAACGCCGUGUUGGCUUUCGGAUCGGUGAGUCCUUACACAGACAAGACCGUACAGAAGAAUGUGGAUCUUUAGAUAGACGUUCGAUGUCAUCUCGUAUCAAAGACCUUCGCAAAGAAAUUGGUAUCAACGAUGACGUCAUGUGGAAGUCUCCAGGUCACAGUACCGGUGAUGCACAGUAUGCUUUCGUAGACUCAUCGAGAGUCUCGCCUUACCACGAUCAUGAUGUCGUUAAUAACCUGUUGAAUAGCUAUAAGUUAGUCAACAGACCUUCAGCUGGUCUUAGCAGCAAUUAUUACGAUUCUUCAUCAACAAGUUUAGUGCCCAGGGCCUCUCAGAAUCACCAAGAGUCACCCAGAGUCUCUGGUGCGUUAGAGUCUCCUGAAAAGUUGACUCCGACUCGGGUGCCUCCCUUGGCCCGUCGUGGUGGAGUAACGGCCAGCGGAUGUACGAGAAGGACUGACGAGAGCUACGUUUAAUUUAAAAAUUUAAUUCGUACAUAAUGACGGUAAAAAGCUUGCUGGCUCAUUUUUUUCAUGCUUUUAAAGUUAUUUUUAUGAAAUAAACUGACCGAGAAGUUGCUACUUGUCACUUGUAAAUGUAUUGCACAAUGUCAACGGAUUUUCUCAGACGGGGUAAAAGAAGAUUGGUAGCCAUUGCCAAUAAUGAAUUUGUUGAAGGCCUUAAUUGUCUCUAGCUUUUUUUGUAUCGAUCAAGUGUCAAUUUCGUUCAAUUUGUGCAUUGUUAUAGAUCUUUGAUCAAAGCUCUUAACUCUUUAACGUGAUAUUUAAUUGAUAAAGUGCCAAUCAGAGCGAAUUUCACUUGGUCGAGCCUCACUAUUUGGCAUGUCAUUGCCUUUUCCUAAAUUUUAUCGGGAUCAAUUAAAUUAAUAACAAAGCUCUACGCUUAAUAAUCUAUACUGGCAGUCAUUUUGUGCUGUGACACAAAAAAGUUACUAGAUUUGAUUUAUGAUGAAAUUCUACCUUGCAGAGGUGAUUUUCAUAAUUUCGUUCUUCUCUAAAAACUUCGUUGAGGAAUUUUUUUCAAUUAUAUUACACUGACAUGAAUGCAAUGCAAUGAGAGCAAUGAUCUAAACAAGCUCACGAUUAUUCAUCUUACACGGUAUCUUUAUUUUAACAUCGUUGAUGGUCAUGAAAAAGUUAAUAAUACAGACUUGUAUUGAAGACCAUGCGUUCAUCACAAAAUACGGAAUAUGACGAAAAGUAAGUAAAUAUGUGAAGAAAACAUUCAAGAUAAUAUGCCAAAUUAUCAUUUUCAAAACAGCGAACAUGCGAUAAACUCAAAUGUUCAUGGUACAAACUUUAUAAUCGUAAUAUCUGAAUGAUUGUUAGAUCAUAAUUCUCGUUUAGGGCAUUUUUACAUUACGAUACUGAAGUCAUCUCAUGUUUCAUGGCAAUGAUACACCCUUCAUCAGCGCCAUACCGCGAUGCUAAGCCUCUUUUCUCAUGAAGAUACACGUAAUUGAUAUUUAAAUUAUUAUAUAAUUGUAUAAUUAUUAUAUUAUAUAUUUAAACUCGAUAAUUAAAACGUUACGAAUUUCGAUGUCGAAAUAGGAACACAAAAUAUAUAUAAUUUAACUGUUGAUUAUUUUGCAAGACAUAUUUAUGGAAAAUAAGAUUCUUGGGAAUAUAAACCCUCUAAAACAAGACUACAUGCUUAUAGCUCCCGUGACUAAUUACAGCUAGUUUAUACAUUUAACUUUUGCAUUCGAACAUCGGGCAGUUCUAACUCUGACUGACAAGGUACACUAGAGUUCUGAGCCGCACUGCAGGAGAACUAAGGAGCUGUAAUUAUCAGGAAAAUCCUAAUUGACAGUGAAAUCCUGGUAAAUAAUGGAAUUAUAAUAAUGGGGCAGCAAUGUUGGGAAUCCUGGAUCUGGAAUGGGGGAAGGCAAGUGAGAGCGAGGCUCCUCACAUGCAGGGAUUAUCUUUCACAUAGCAUUAUCUGGAUUUGAAUUCAGUGUUCGUAGAUUUUAAAGACGCAACAACAGCAAUCCCAAUUAAAAUUUCGCGUUCGAGCACAGGCCGACCACAAUAAUUAGCGUCCAAAUUUCUUAAUGAAUAGAAUAGGCAAGAUUUCCAUCAAGCUGACCGCUGUUUAGAAAGGCAAUUUUACUUGUAAAUGAAAGUUUAAUUACUGUAUGUACCUUCAUUUUUCAAUUU